AUGGCGGAUGCCAGCAUCGACACCCUUGGCUGCUCACUGUCCCCUGGCUUCCUGUCCAGGGAGGUCCGGAUGUGCCCGGAGCCGCAGCCCUGUGUCCACCCUCCCCGCGGGGCCCACGAGGUCCCGCUGCCCGAGGGCCACGCAGAGGAGCCCACACAGAGCCACGCAGAGGAGCCCACACAGGGCCACGCAGAGGAGCCCACACAGGGCCACGCAGAGGAGCCCACACAGAGCCACGCAGAGGAGCCCACACAGAGCCACGCAGAGGAAGGAGCCCACACAGAGCCACGCAGAGGAGCCCACACAGAGCCACGCAGAGGAGCCCACACAGAGGAGCCCACACAGGGCCACGCAGAGGAGCCCAUACAGGGCCAUGCAGAGGAGCCCACACAGGGCCACGCAGAGGAGCCCACACAGGGCCAUGCAGAGGAACCCACACAGGGCCACGCAGAGGAGCCCACACAGAGCCCACACAGAGCCACGCAGAGGAGCCCUGAGAUUCUGGAGAAGCCGUCCUGCAGUGGGGAACUGACAUCGUCUUCGGCAUCCGCCUGUGCACUUCUACGUAGUCCUGCCUGUUUCUUUGGCCACUUGCUCCUGAAGUAUAUGAAGAACAACUUCCGGAGGAAGGAACAACUCACACCAGGUCGCUGCUCCCAAGAUGGCCACCUACGCGGAGACCAGGCUGCGGGCCCUGCAGCUGCCCAAGGGCCCAUGAGGAUCUCCACACGGACUGUGGAGCACUGUGCCGUCACUGUCCUGGUCGUGACCCCUCCUGAGCCGCAGAGCCAGCCCCACCGGCCUAGCCCUGGCCAGGGCGGCACCGGUCAGGUACUGGAUGCGAAUGAACAGCCACUUCAACUGGAGGCCCCUUAA